AUGAAUGCUGUCGGUCUAGAAGAUGAAUCGUACACAAAAACCAAAUUAGGAAGUGGCAAGCCAAUCUUUAACCAAGGAGAGCAGAAAGUCUUAGGUUUGCGAUGGAACACCGCGACAGACUGUUUCCUUUUCGACCUAAAGAGCCUUGUAGAAAAUGCAAAGAAUUGCGAACCAACAAAACGAAACAUUGUUAGUGUGGUAUCAAGUAUAUACGACCCUGUUGGAUUCCUGUCGCCAAUAACAAUUCGACUUAAAAUCCUGCUACAAGAGCUGCAUGAAAGAAAAAUCAGUUGGGACGAACCACUAGACGUGACGUCGAAGUCAGCAUGGUUCAAAUUAGUUGGAGAACUCGAGAAGGUCGAACAGAUGGUCUUCCCUAGAUGUUUUGUCGUCGGCGUAGAGGAAGAAGUUAUGUCUUAUUCGCUACACGGGUUCUGCGACGCCUCCGUCAAAGCGUAUGCCGCAGUAAUUUAUCUAAAGAUGGAGACAUUACAUGGUGUAUACGUAAGGUUCGUAACGUCGAAAUCGAGAGUGUCUCCCCUGGAAAGACAGUCGAUUCCGCGCUUAGAACUAUUGUCAGCGCUCAUACUUGCCCGGCUUAUCGAUAAUGUUGAACGAGCAUUGAAAUCAGUCAUAAAUCUUGGUCCAUCGACAUGCUGGACAGACUCGAAGGUCUCGCUGUAUUGGAUAACACAGCUCGAUAAGGAAUGGAAACAAUUCAUUCAAAAUAGAGUUAUCGAAAUUCGGAAACUCACAUCAAUUUCAUCGUGGAAGCAUUGUCCAGGUCAAGAAAACCCAGCAGACAUUCCUUCAAGGGGAAUGGCCCCUACCGAAAUUGCCAAUUGUGAGCUUUGGAAUCAUGGCCCUGGCAUGUUAUAUGGCGAAAUGGACGGGGAGGGACAUAAAGAGCAAGAAAUUCCGGAAGAAUGUACGAAAGAAAUGAGAAUCGCUGACCAAAAGAAAUUAGGAAACAACGUUCAAAACUCCCUUUUGGUGGUUGAGGGCGAGAAGACAGAGAAGAGUAUUGCUACGAUAAUAAACUGUAAUAACUUCAGUUCGUUUCGAAGGCUGAUCAGAGUUACUGCUCGAGUCUUGAAAUUCACAAAGAUUCUGAAAAGGAAAUGCAAAUCGAAAGAAUUGACGACUGACGAUGUUAAAGAGGCAGAAUUGUUAUGGAUUAAAGAAAUACAAACAUCUCUAAAACGCGAUUCCAGAUACGAGUCUUGGCGGCGACAGUUCGCACUGUUCAGCGACAGCCAAAGAGUGAUAAGAUGCGGUGGACGCAUAUCAAACGCUGAGAUUCAGUACGAAACCAAACACCCGAUCAUGUUGGACAGAAAUCACAGAGUAACACGACUCAUCAUAGAAGAAUGCCACGAACGCGUUCACCACAAUGGCGUAAAAGAAACACUCACCGAAAUCAGAUCGAAAUUCUGGAUUGUCAAGGGAAGGCAAUUGAUUAGAAAGAUAAUACACAGUUGCGUUCCUUGUCGACGCUUCGAGGGAAAGCCAUAUAACCCAGCAGACCCACCACCAUUACCCAAAUCCAGAAUAGUAGAAGACCCACCAUUCACAUGUACGGGUAUUGACUUUGCUGGACCAUUAUAUGUUAAAAACGAAGAUAAAUCCAGCUUAGAAAUGGCGAAGACGUGGAUAUGUUUAUAUACAUGCGGCGUAACACGAGCUGUCCACCUCGAACUUGUCCGAGAAAUGUCGACGGAAGCCUUCUUGAGAAGCUUUAAGAGAUUCACCGCAAGACGCGGGGUUCCAGCCAAGGUUAUAUCGGACAAUGCUAAAACCUUUAUCUCAGCCGCAAAGAAAUUAUGCGCCCUGUUUGAUCUACCUGAAGUGAAAUGUUAUCUAUCUUCCAAGAAAAUCCAAUGGUGCUUUAACAUAGAAAAGGCUCCCUGGUGGGGAGGCUUUUUCGAACGAUUGGUAAAAUCAGUAAAACGAUGUUUGAAGAAGGUUCUAAAGAAUUCGAAGGUAACAUACGAUGAACUACUAACCAUUGUAACCGAAGUUGAAGCUAUCCUUAACUCCAGACCGAUAUCAUACGUGUCAUCCGAAGAUAUCGAGGAACCGCUUACUCCUUCGUACUUGUUGUGUGGUCGACGUCUUCUAUCAUUACCCAACAUUGUCAAUGACAACGACGAAAAGGAUCCAGACUGGCAACCAAACAAGAGCGAGAUUGUCCGCAAAGGAGUACAUCUGGAAAAACUAAUCGAACAUUUUUGGAAAAGAUGGCGUAAUGAAUACCUAUUGGAACUUAGAGAAUCGCAUCGCUUGAGAAUCAAGAACACCCCACAGAGAAGAAUUGUUCGAGUAGGAGAUGUGGUUGUCGUUCGUGAUGACACGCCAAGAGUUUCGUGGAAAAUAGGUCGAGUCGAAGAACUGAUUACUGGUAAAGAUGAUCAAGUCAGAGAAGCGGCAGUCAAGAUUGGUAGCAAGGGAAUGAAACCUAGCAAACUAAGAAGACCAAUACAGGCGUUGAUCCCGUUGGAGAUUAGUGACGCAGAAAACGAAGAUGCUGAAAGAGAAAACCCAUCCAAGAAGAAAGACGAUCCAGAGGAAACAGUUGAAACAUUAAAACCAAGAAGAAAGGCAGCCGUCGCAGCAGAUGACCUACGAAAGAAGUGGCUACAACAGCUAAGUUGA